AUGACAUCCAAAAUUUUAUUAGAUAGAUUAGUUAAAAAUUAUGGAAUGUUGUUCGAAAAUUCAGUUAAGAAUUAUGAUAUGAUUAUUAAAUGUGGAGACAAACACUUGUAUAUUGGUGAAGUGACACUCGAUGAAUUAUAUUUAUUGGAAUUAUUAGACUUAUUAUCAGCUACAGAUGAAUUUAUGCUGUCCGAAUUAAUGGAAUUUACUGAAUCAUUUCUGAUUUCUCUUGCUGAAACUUGGAUGAAAACAAAUUUUAUCAAAAUUCAUUUACAUGCCCAUAAAUUUACAGGAUGCAAAAUUCUUCAAGAGUUUUGUAUAAAGAAAAUUUGUGCAAAUCCUGAUUUGAUAUUUAUGCCUAAGGAUUAUAGUAAUUUAAAUGAAGAAGUGUUAAUUAAUUUAUUGAAAAGAGACGAUUUAGAAAUGGAAGAAAUCAAAUUAUGGAAAUAUAUUAUUCAAUGGGGAAUUCAUAAGUGUUCAAGUGAUAUUGAUCAUGAUUCAAAUUUAAAUGAAACUGAUGUUAGUGAAUGGAAUGAAACCAAUUUUAAAGAGUUGUGGGAAGUUUUAAAGAAUUUCAUUGAUUUCAUUAGAUUUUGUAAUAUCUCAGUCGAAGUAUUUGAAAAAGAGGUCCAACCACUUUCAGAAAUGUUUCCAAGAAAAAUUUAUGAAAAGAUCCUUUGGAACUAUAUUAAACCACAGAAAUUCAAAAUUCUUAAAAGGGGACAUCGAUGGGAAACUGGUUAUUGA